GCUGCCAACACCCUCCCAAUUGUGCAGUUCAGAGACGUCAUCCUUGAAGAGAUCAACAACCACACUGUCACAUGCAUCCAAGGAGAGACAGGAUGCGGGAAGAGCUCCAUGGUCCCCCAGUUCAUCCUCGACGAGGCCAGGGCGCGACGCCGGCCAGUUAACGUCAUUGUGUCUCAGCCGCGCAGGUUGGCAGCCGUGUCGCUCGCAAGGAGGGUGGCGAGUCAAAACAACGAGGAGAUAGGAAAGACGAUAGGCUACCGCAUCGGCCAGGGGGACCAUGUGGUCUCCAAGGAUACUCGUGUCACCUUUGUGACCAUAGGAUACCUCCUGCAGUACUUCUCCCACCACCCUGAG